GCGAGACAGGAGGUGAGACAGGAAGCGAGACAGGAGGUGAGACAGGAGGUGAGACAGGUGAAGUGUCGUGAACGACAAGCGAAACAUGCUGAAUCUCCAACACGCCUCUGACUGGACGAGUCCCGAUACCUGGUACCAUCCGAACAACACCAUCACACAGCAUGGGACAGAAGGCUGUGUGGAGGACGUGAACUGGAGGACGGCGGGACGAGGAGGACGAGGAGGAGACAGGGGGAAGCAGGGAGAGAGGGACGACAUGGACGAGGCUCAGCUUCACCUCCAGCUGAAGAGGAAACUGCAGAGGAACCGCACGAGCUUCAGCCAGGAGCAGAUCGAUGCUCUGGAGAAAGAGUUUGAGAGGACUCAUUACCCUGAUGUCUUCGCCCGAGAGAGACUGGCCUCCAAAAUCGACCUUCCUGAAGCUCGUAUCCAGGUGUGGUUCUCCAAUCGGAGAGCUAAGUGGAGGAGGGAGGAGAAGCUGCGCAACCAGAAGAGGCUGGGGGGCGGGACUUCCUGUUCUCAAACUCAUACACCGCUGAGCACAUCCUUCAACCCGACUGUCUAUCAUCCUCACCAUGGCAACGGCUCCGGUUCCACACACUCUCACAGUGACUCGUCUCUGUCUGCGUACAGCUCACUGUCUGCCUUCUCCACUCUGCAGAUUUUCACAUUCUCUCUCUUGUUUUUUCCCUCCUCUCAGUCAACCUCCUCUUACUCCACCAUGUUGUCUCCGCCCCCUUCUGCUCCUCCUCAUCUACCUCAUAAAUUUGACCCCGCCUCUUACUCCGCCCCCCACCUGCCUCCUCCUACAGUUGCCACCAACACAGGUGAGUUUUCUUUUCCUGCAUUAUUCCACACGUAAAAACAUUUGUAUACGCACUGUCCAAAUGAAUCUUUGAAUCUUCCUCGUUGGUAUGUGCAGGAUUUCUUACCAGCGUG